UUUUUUAUUUUGACCGUGGCAAUGGAGCUCCUAUCGCUCCUAACACUUUUGGCAUUGACCAUUACUCACAGUGAGGGCUGUCAGGUGCAAAGCUCCACCAGCGAAACUACCAAGGACUGGUGGGAGACAGCACAGUUCUAUCAGAUCUACCCACGCUCCUUCAAAGACUCCGAUGGCGAUGGCAUUGGUGAUCUAAAUGGCAUUACCAGCAAACUGGAGUACCUCAAGGAUCUUGGGGUCACAGCGGCCUGGCUUUCACCUAUUUUCACCUCACCAAUGGUGGACUUUGGCUAUGAUAUUUCCGACUUCUUUGACAUUCAACCGGAGUAUGGAACUUUGGAGGAUUUCCGCGCUUUAAUCAAGCGAGCCAAGGAGCUGGAUCUGAAGAUCGUCUUGGACUUUGUUCCCAACCAUUCGAGCAAUGAGAGUGAGUGGUUCAAGAAAUCGGUGAAAAGGGAAAAGGGCUAUGAGGACUACUACGUGUGGCAUGACGGUAAGGUGAACGCGGAAACUGGAGAGAGGGAGCCCCCGACCAACUGGCUUCAGUACUUCCGUGGAAGUGCCUGGGAAUGGAACGAGGAACGCCAGCAGUACUAUCUCCACCAGUUUGCAGUGCAGCAACCCGACCUGAACUAUCGCAAUCCCCUGGUUGUGGAUCAGAUGAAACGAGUGCUUCGCUACUGGCUGAAUGAAGGUGUUUCCGGAUUCCGAUGCGAUGCUCUCCCUCCGCUCUUUGAAGUUUUGCCCGAUGCCGACGGUCAGUUCCCCGACGAGGUUGUUUCUGGUGCUACUGAUGACUCGGAAGAUCGGAACUAUCUGACGACCACUUACAUCGAGAACCAGCCGGAGACCAUCGAUAUGGUUUAUCAGUGGCGCACCGUACUCGAUGACCACAAGCGCAUUUAUGGAGGCAACUCAAGUGUUCUGCUCAUUGAGACAUACUCCCCAGCCUGGUUUACUAUGCAGUUCUACGGAAAUCGUAGCACUGAGGGAGCCCAUCUACCUUUUAACUUUAACUUCAUCACUGUUAUGGAGCAGAAGGGUCUGAAUGCUAGCAACGUGAAGGAGGCUAUUGAUUUGUGGCUAAACAAUAUGCCUGCAGGUCGAACAGCCAAUUGGGUGAUAGGAAAUCACGACAAGAGAAGAGCCGCCAGUAGGUAUGGUAAGGAGCACAUCGAUGCCAUGAACCUGCUGGUGAUGAUCCUUCCGGGCGUUAGUGUCACCUACCAGGGCGAGGAGCUGGGCAUGACUGAUGGUGAGAUCAGUUGGGAGGACACAGUAGAUCCCUGGGGCUGCAACUCGAAUUCGGACAUCUACGAACAGUACACCCGGGAUCCGGAGAGAACACCUUUCCAGUGGACAGGGGGUGUUAAUGCUGGAUUUACUAAUGGGUCCACAACCUGGCUACCUUUAGCAGCGGACUAUGAGACUGUGAAUGUGGAAACGGAAUUGAGUGAUGAGCGGUCUCAUUUGAAGAUUUACAAGGCUUUGGUGGCCCUACGAAAGUCAUCCAAAACUCUACAAAAUGGGUCCACAAAAUACAGUACUAUAUCGGAUGACGUUUUUGUAGUUCAAAGAUCUCUCGCCAACUCAGCCACCCUAGUUGCUGUCAUUAACUUUGGAACGGAAGCCAAAACUGUGGACUUGAGUCAAUUUGACAAGAAUCGAACUGAGAGCUUGCAGCUUCUUAUAAGAAGUAUUAGUUCCACAAAAGUUGAAGGCACUCGAUACGAUCCAACAGCCUUGAGCCUAGAUCCCGCGGAAGCCUUAGUUUUAACCACCGAAUAAAACUCAUUUUCUUGAAAUGGAAAGUGUUUCUGAUUCAUUGA